AGCACAUUCAAUAAUAACCUUCAGGAAAUAAAACACCUGCUGGACUUUCAAAAGGAGUCGACAGAACAGCGAGUAUCCAGGAAAACAGGUUGGCUAGUGACCUUUGAGAAGCCUCGGUAAUUUUCUUCACCACACUAGGGCCGAAGGAUGAGACUGACAGGGAUGUUACGGGGCCUGGCCGUGCUCUUCACUUUAGUCACUACUUGGUUCUUCGCUACUACCUAUUUCCACCAUGUAAGCUUUAAAUCAGUCAACCUGAGGAGCUGGUUGGGAUCCAGUGAUACGCCAACCAAAGCAGCAAAGGUCCGAAAUAAGUGUGGCAAUCAAAAAAGCUGCCCUGAAAAUACCUUUACCUUCAAGAUCAUCAGUGGAGCAGCCAAUGUCGUCGGACCUUCCAUGUGCCUUGACAAUGUUGUAUUUAUGAGUGCUGUCAAAAAUAACAUUGGCCGGGGUUUAAACAUUGCGACUGUUAAUGGAACUAACGGUCACCUCAUUAGCAUGGCUGCCUUUGAUAUGUAUUCUGGAGAUGUUAAGGAUUUGCUGAAGUUCCUGGAGGGAAUUAAGACAGGUUCCCUCGUGCUCAUCGCCUCCUAUGAUGACCCAGCCACAAAACUGAAUGAUAAAGCACGGCAAAUGUUGACUGAGCUUGGAAGCAGCUAUGCUGGCAAGCUGGGAUUUCGGGACAACUGGGUAUUCCUUGGUGGGAAAGGACUCAAAGGCAAGAGCCCAUUUGAACAGCACUUGAAAAACAAUCACGACACCAACAAAUAUGAUGGCUGGCCUGAAGUGCUGGAGAUAGAGGGCUGCGUGCCCAAGAAGAUGGACAAGUAGUGGGCUUAAGGCAGAACCACAGUUUGUGUGGCCUCCACAAAUGGACUUUUCCCUUUGGCUUCAACUCCAACAGAUUCUGCCCUGUGGUGCUCGUAUUGCUCUUUCCUCUGAACGUUCCUUUGGUACAGGCCUGAACGACCCAUCGAGCCGAACACAACCUGUUGAGCCUGUCAGCUCUUUAUAGCGGCCCGGAUGGUGCUGAAUAAAAUUUCUGGACUUGCUGCCAGAAAGCCACUUUGAUACAGAACGCUAGUGGGAACUGCUGUGGUGGAAAAUCAAUACAAAAAUGAUACUUUAGCGGAAUGGUAUGUCAUUUGGAUCCGGAAAACAUCAGGGACUAAUUCAUCCAUGCAUCUAUAGAAGCUGUGCCACAAUAGUGCAGGAUAAAGACAUAAAUACCCACAAUAAUGGGAGAUCUUGGAGGAUAAGGACAGAGAUAUUGAAAUUGUGUUAUCGCUUACAGAAAGUGUCCCGUAUCUCAUGUGUGAGUACAUGUGUGGUUAUUCCACAGAA